GAAAUAUUUCCUCUACUUAUGUUUCGAUCACCUUUUAUUCUUUGGGUAUCAGUCACUGCAGUGUUUAAAUCCAGUUGAGUCCCGUGUGAAAGACAGGGGGCAGACGCACACCGACAGAAGAGAAGAGAAGAGUCAGAGUCAGACCCCACCCAGCAGUAGGUGGAUCAGUUUUGGGAGGAGGAGCGCCCAUAUCAGCAUUAACACAGACGGUACCUACUGUAGUGUAGAGACAGGCAGGGAGGGAGGAAGGAAACCCUCUGAGGGGCAGACAAAAGAGCUCGCUGAAGUGUGUUUACCUCCUUUGGUACAAGAGGUUUCCACACGGACGAGGCGGAGUAGUUCAGCAGAAACUCUGGGAUUUAUUACACUUUUGACUUUUAUGUUCUACUUUUGGAAGUUAAUUUUUUUUUCUUGCUUUGGACCAGUGGAUCCUAUUUGGACUUGCAUUAAUAUUAUUUUGACAUAUAUGUAUGUAUAUAUAUAUAUGUAUAUGUACAUAUAAAUAUAUCACAGACAGCUUGACAUCGUGUUAUUCUCGGAGCCAGCGGUUAUGUCGCGCCACUGACAUGCAACCUCCGUCCAGACCACCAAACCAGUCCGAUGGCUCGACCGAAGUAACGGCAAGAGAGGAGAGCGGAGGAGAUCCACACGUCGACGGUGCCGCUGGAGCCUCGGCGCAAACGUCCCGUUCGAACGACGGCGGCGGCGGCGGCGAGCGGAGCUUUGGCCACCGCGGCUCCACCGGAGGAGGAGAGCUGGCGGACUCGCCGCCCCGGUGCAGAACCAAAGCCAUCUCCCCUCUCGACAGCCUAGGCGUGUUUCAGAAGAGGUCUAUAUUCAGCUACCCUCGCCGCUCCUCCAGUGGAUAUUUCUCCUUCGACGGCGAGUCGCUGCCGAGCUCCCCGCUCUCCCCGAGGCCAGCGACGGCUGACAGAGCCACGCAGACUCCGAGCCCCACCAGCCAGGUGAUGAAACACUUCUUGCAGCGCAUGACCGAGGCGCACGGCAGAGGACCGGGGACGCAGCAGCUGCACGGAAGCUCUCCCAACCCCUCUAGCACACAGCAACGCAACGCAGCAGGGGACAUGCAGACGGAGGCAGUAAUCGGACAAGAGCUCCGACGCAUUGGGGACGAUUUCAACAGACUCCUUCUGUUAAGGGGGGUGGCAGGUGGACAUAGACCAGUUGUGAUCCCUCAGCAGCAGCUGCCGCACAUCCACCAGGAGCCCACCGUGCUGUUGUGUGUGGGCAUCCUGCUCCUUGUGAUUGGACGGAUAAUCUACUUGCAAGGCGGUAUGAACAACCAGGACCACGCUCAGGUCUAGAGUUGGGAAACCCAGCAGACGUAGCAUUUUUCUUAAAUAAUGUAUAUGUGUCAUUGGAUCUAUCACAUCUUGAAUCUUCUUUUUGUUUUGGGGGACCUAAUUUUAACUCUCCAUCCUUCUCUUUCCCAAAGAGAGAUAGAGACUUUGGACUCUGUUUGUCUUAAUUUUGAUGGAGAUUAUUUGUUAAGGAACUCUAAAAUGCCUGUAUUUUUGUUUUUGCACCUGUGUUUUUCCUUCAUGGUCUCUGAGCCUUUGCGAUGCUACCAAAGAGCCAGAACAUUGCACUCCUUUCCAGCACAGGGGUUGUCAUGUCACCUGAGUAUGCCACCUGAGUAUGCCUAUGGAAAUUCAAAUGUGCCUUGUACAGUUUCCUUUUUACUUUUUUAGCUUCUUUUAAGAUGUUUUUAUUGUACAGAGCUUAUGAGUUCCUUGGGUGAUCAACUCUGCAGACCCAGGGUUGUUAAAGUAUGUCGAUCCAGUUUAAGAACUCUUCCCCAAUCUUCUCCCUCAAAAGAUCUGGGCAGAGAAAAAUGAUCUUGCACUCCUGUCACAAUAGGAUCCAGCAUGCAACAGACUCAUGGCCUGUGUGGGAACCAGCUGGGCCAAAGCUAGCAUUUUUAUCCAACAUUUUUUCCACACAAUGUUCCUAAAAUACUGUGCCAUUUAACCUUUUUCUACCAUGAAAUACCACAUCUUGUUAUGCCUGCUUCAUAAGUUAAUAAGGGUCAACUGUACAUCAGCGUUUUCAGCCACAGAAAUGUAAUGUGUCCUGAUAAUUUGAGUGGCCAACUAAAUGAGGUCUUGAGUAAAGAGAUCAGCAAAUGCCAUGUCAUGGUGUAUUUUGCUGACCUCUACAACCCCAUUCAGACUAGAUCAAUAUUGCAGAGAGAGGUGAGAUGAGUAAUGAAAUAUGUGCUGUGGUCCUCAGCAUCUUAACUCCUUGAAAAUAUCAGCACAGUCAAUGUUAAGCUUACCCAGCUUUCCCUAAAAAUGAAUCCAGUUCAAAUACAGUUUACCAUAAUCUGGAUUAAUGAUAAAGUGUCAUUUUGUUCCGUGUCAUAUUUUAAUAACCUGGCUCAAAUUUUCCUCCUACCACAAAUAUAUAAUCAGGUAAUCUGUAACCCAGAUUAUUAUUCCCUCAAUGGUACUUUAAGUAGAUGCACAAAAUUUGCAGAUUUUAGUAAAUCAGGAAAAAAAAAUAGAGAAAUUUCUUGUCAUCCUAUUAAACAGCAGUUGGUACACAAUAGACUGUAUGACCUGUUCAUGUGUAAACUGAACCUGCCCAGACAGAUUUUACCCUCUCUAUUGUUUUAUGUUUAAAAAAUACCCACUGAUACUAGUAAGAUGAUACUGUACCAACCUUCGAGUAACUGAUAUCAGUCUUCCUCUGUACAGAAAAGCCUGUGUUUCUGUAACCACUAGAGUCACUAGGCACAUGACUGCCCGCACAUCUCACUAAAGUCUAACUUGAAAUAUUUCCAAAAACUUCAGAAUCACAUUUAUCACCACAUAUAAUCUGUGUAUACGUAUUCAUUUUAAAAAAAUGACGGUAAAAAAAGCAUUAAGGGGCCUCAUUUUCCUCUUUGCUGUGGUUGUAUUCAGCAUUAAAACAAAGAUUUUGCACGUUACAUUACAUUUUAAUACUUGUUACUAAGCUGCCCAAUUAGUGGAGUGAAACUCAAAAGAGCAAGAUGAUGAACAAAAUUAAUAAUUACAUCAUGUCAAUCAUUUAAACCGUUAAACAGUGUACUUUUCUGCUGUCGUGUUUACUCAUCCCUUUGCAUUACAAACCGUAGUUUGACAUUAUUAUUAUAUUCAAAGCAUUUUUCUUUAAGUUUUCAAUCAGUACUGUCUUCCAAUGUUCUUUGUUUCAGGCUCUAUAUUUACCAUUAGCAGUCAGACUCAUUGUAGCUGUGAUGUAUUGGUUUGUUGACAAGGUCAUGUUAUCUGUUUAUUAGUGCAGUGAUUCAGACCCAGCCAAGUCUCCUCACGCCUGCCAGGUCAUUAAACACUCUCAGAGAGAGAUUUCUGGACAGAAACCAAACACUGAAUAAUGCAGAGUCAAAGAGGGUUUUGUUACUGACUGGUUACCUAACAAUAACAGCAAACAGUGGUGAUACAGGCUUCAGAUUAAGUACCUUUUUUCUUAUCUUUGUGUACAUAUCAGUUCUGGCAAUUAUUUUUAUUUAUUAGGUCUUGGCUUAUGAGUACUAAAAUGCAUGUUAGCAGUCAUAGGUGAUUAAAACUGAACCAGAGCUGAUGAUAAACAGCUGUGUGAAAACCUUAUAUGCAAAAUAUGAAAUGCCUGCUCUCUUGUAUGCACAAAUAUUCCUCUUAUUUGGAGGAUGCAGUGUAGAAUAUGUCUGUGUCUCUAGUUAUCUGUACAAUUUGAAAUAUUUGAAGACAGGGUGUUUAACAAGAAUUAUGCAAGGAAAAAAGUGACCCAAGCACCUUAUUUUACCAAGAGUGCAUACAUGUUCAGCACGAGGGAUGCUGACCAGAUGUACAUUUGCCAAACCAACCGGUAAAUCCUCAUCACUGAAGCCAUCUUUCUUGGAGGAGGAAUAAUUUCUGGCCAUUUUUCUAGCAACACAGUACUAAACAUCAAACAUUAUAUAUUAAAUGUCCAGGGAUGCAGGGUGGAUGUUGACCAAAGAGAUUUGUGCAAAACUGAUUAUUUUCUGGGUUCUGUUUUAACUGGUACAAGUGAAUAUUACCAACUUCUGUGCCACCCUGUAAUUUAUUUUGCUUGGUACCAAAAUCACAUCAGCUGCAGUGAGUGUCUGCUUCAGCCUGACUGGAAUAAAAAUGUAAUUAGAGAUGUAAUUUGUUGCUCUACGCUUGGCAAGAUCAAUCUGUGUCAGAAAAGUCCUUGAAAGCAGUUUGGCCGAGAUCUGAAUAAGUUCAAUUUCAGGAAUCACACUUAACGCAUUUAAAGCUUUACUCUUCGUUGGGAGUUCAUCUGUUUCAAAUCAAAGUCUCUGUCAGCAACAUUGCAGAUAUUGUGUUGUUAUUUGUGUCACAUGUGUUGAAUUUAAUCGCUAGUUUCUCCCUGUGAGGUUGUCCAGACAAGAACAGCAAACACCAAAACAGCAACAGAAGUUUGUCGUAACACAAUCAAUAACCAGAUUCAACCAAAGUACGUUUGAGUCACUCUUGGAUGUUUGCACAGUUCUGUCAACACCAUCACAGAUUAAAUGUGAUCCUGGCUUUCAUCAUUCCUAAACUCGCGUUUCAGCAACUCUGUCACCUGUGUAACUGCACGUUUUAAUGGUUAAAUCAGCUGUUCAGCAUCAAACUUCCGACACUGAGGUGCCAGAUUAGUGUCAGGUUGUCUACUCAGUAAAUGAAGCUUGUUGACAUUUGUUACUGCACAUAAUGGACAUGGUGAAGACAAGGGUGAUUCAUUUCUAUGGAUAAACUCGACACGAGAACCUGCUUUUGUACAGAUGUAGACAUCCCUCACACUAAUUCGCCUCUGACUCAACAACAGUCACACAGAAAGUUGCCGGUCGUAAACAAUGGAUUAGUAUACAAGUACACAAAUAAACUACAGCACCAGUGCAUAAACCCAGGGGCAGGGCCAGAAUCUGAUUGGCCACACAUCAUUUCUUGUUGGAAACAAGUCAAACAACUACAAAGAGACACAAAACGACCACACAGAGACACAAAAUGGCCACAGAGAUUUGGAUCAACCAAAAAGACUCACAAAAUGACCAUAAACAGUUGUGUGUCCGGGGGUCUUGCUCAUAUGUAGAAGGCAUUUUACAUACCUGCAUUCAGGGACCUGUUUGUUGCGUAAUCUGUCCAUGGCUGUCAGAUGUGUGGAGUUAGAAAUAGCAGCCAUUUAUUAAUGUUAUUUCAUAUUAGAAUAUUUAAAGUUGUUUAUCUGAAAUUCAUUUAUUACACUGAACAAUGUGACUAUUAUAUCAUACCCAGUCCCACUGCACCCCAUUAAAAGGUUUUUAAACCGGCCCCUGGGUAAAGCUAUGUUUGUCCAAUUUUCAUUUUUCAGUCACUUAAAAGUGUAAAAGUUUCAAGCCAUGCUGUAUCACACUACUUUCUGUUUCUAGUUGUUUUCCCUCCUCCUUCUAGUCCUUUCCUGGUAGAGAAACAACUAAGACAUUUCACAUUAGUGACGUACUAUGUAUUUUUUGGAAAUGCAAACAUCUCACGCUUGUCUUCCUGUGCUCCAAAUUUACUUGCUUUGCUUCUCCUCCACUGUGACACUGAGAGCGCUGUGACUGCAUGUUGAUUUGUGAUAUUGUGCCAUGUGAAACCUAAGACCUCAUUUUGAAGUACUGUAUUACAGCUGGAGUGUGAGAGAAGAGCAUGGCAGGGAGGAAACUGAAAGAUGAAUUACGGUCUUCUGAAACUGAUAUGGAAACCUGGUAAUGUGUUGAUUCACCGCCUAACUUCUGUAGGUGCUACAGUGCAGAAACAGUUGCGCGACAUUCAGGGUUUUACUGGCUCGCAUUGAUGCUGCUGGAGCUUCUUUGGCAAAUUGUGCUGCAGAUUUGUACUCGUUUGAGCUUUUCAGAUUAAUGGAACAGGAGAAUCAUUCAAAGUUCAUGAUCUUUUGACAGGAAAACUAAACAUGUAUACUUAUGUUUUCAUUGGAAUUGUUCAAAAGUUAAAACAUAUGAAGUAUAGGGGGCCCAGAGACACUGUGGUGUGAUGUGCUUCGCUGCAAAUGCUGUACAGAAAUGCAACUGUUGGAGCCUGUUUGUGCAGAAAUAGAAACAAACUAAUCUGAACGACUCCAAGUGACCCAGUACAACUGUAGCAAUGUUUUUUUUUUUUUAUGUACUGUUAUCGUACACUGAAAAUAUUGUAAUUAUGCUUUUUAAUUGCUGUAAAUAAAGCAUUCACAUCUUUUUACAUUAAACUGCUUGAGAGA